AAAGGAGGAGUUGCUUCUUACCUUGUUGGAGGCUUCGGUCAAAUCCAAUACACUCCAGAGAGAGAGAGAGAGAGAGAGAGCAGAGAAAAGAAAAGGAGAGAAAGAAGCGGUUGGAGAUAUUCCUUCUUCCGUUGUAAGACAAUUACUUACUAUGCCCUUCGUCUAAAGUUGUUGGAAUGGUGUAGCUGCUGAGGAAAGUGUUGUUGGCGAGGGGUAAUUUGGGAAUUGGAAGCAGAGCGAGAGGGUUGCAGUGGCCAUGAUGGAAAUGGCAGGCGUUGGUCUUCUGUCAUGUAUGAAACCCUAAUAAAAGAGGAAGAAGAAAGAAGUGAAAAGACGAAAAUAACUCUAAAUGAGAGCCCUUAGGCGGACUCACACAUCGUCAUCUUCGUGGAUCCAUUUACGAUCGGUUCUCUACGUUGUUGUCUCGUCAUCGUCUUCUUCGUCGUCACCCAUUUCAGAUCGGAAUAAUUUUAAAUCACCAUGGUCCCGCAAGAGAAGGAAGCAUCCCCUUUCACCGGAACAGUGGAAAAGUCUAUUUUCACAAGAUGGAAAACUCCGAGAUGGCGGAGUGAAAGUUCUAAAAAAAGUUCGCAGCGGGGGUGUCGACCCAAGAAUCAGGGCGGAGGUUUGGCCUUUCCUACUUGGAGUCUAUGACUUAAAUAGUACGAAGGCGGAAAGAAAUUCAAUUAGGACACAGAACAGAAAAGAAUAUGAGAGCCUGAGAAGACAAUGCCGGCAGCUCGUAAAGCGCAGUAAUUAUAGUUGUAAGAAGUUGAACGAAGUAGGGGAUAUUAGUUUUGAAGAGAGGUAUAGCUUUAAUCUAGAUGUAGAUUCUCCUAGCUCUGAAGAUGUGGUUAGUGCGAGGGAGUCCCUCUCCACUGAGGGAGACAGCCCAGAUGAUGAUGACACCCAUCGUCUAGUGAAUGAGGAGGAAGCCUCUCCCUCCAAGUCAUGUAUAGAAGAUGAUGAAGAAAUAGAAGAUAGGAGCAUUGUCACCCACCGGCGUGCUCUUGGGGCGGACACAGAAUCUUCAGACUCCGAAUCCUCGGUUGAAGCAUCUGGAAGCAUGCAAAUGUGCCCAGUUUUCAACGUGACCAAAGAGAGCCAUCGUGAGCUUGCCAAGAUUGAAUCUUUGGAGGAAAAGAGCUCCUCCAGAGCUCAGGCCGCCGAGGAUUUUGCCACGUGGCAGAGGAUAAUCCGGCUCGACGCCGUGCGUGCCAGUUCCGAAUGGGUUGUUUACUCACCGGCCCAGGCUGCAGUGUCAGAGGCCAGAGCAUGGAGGGCGGCUGAAGCCGUCAGGCUGAAGGACUAUGACCACCUAGAGCCGUCCGGGAUAUUCCACGCGGCGCGCCUGGUGGCUGUCCUCGAAGCAUACGCGCUCUAUGACCCAGAGAUUGGUUACUGCCAGGGGAUGAGCGACCUGUUGUCACCCAUAAUUGCUGUGAUAGAGGAGGACCAUGAAGCCUUUUGGUGUUUUGUUGGGUUUAUGAGGAAGGCCCGGCACAACUUUAGGCUUGACGAGAUGGGCAUCAGGAGGCAGCUGAACGUAGUGUCCAAGAUCAUAAAAUCCAAGGACUCACACCUCUACAAGCACCUGGAGAAGCUCAAAGCAGAAGACUGUUUCUUCGUUUACCGGAUGGUGGUGGUCCUAUUCAGGAGGGAGCUGAGCUUCGAGCAGACGGUGUGCCUGUGGGAGGUGAUGUGGGCGGACCAGGCGGCGAUCAGGGCCGGGAUAGGGAAGUCCGCAUGGGGAAGGAUAAGGCAGAGGGCUCCACCAACGGAUGACCUGCUGCUCUAUGCGAUUGCUGCAUGCGUGCUGCAGAGGAAGAAGCUGAUCAUAGAGAAGUACAGCAGUAUGGAUGAGAUUAUAAGGGAAUGCAACAACAUGGCGGGGCAGCUCGAUGUGUGGAAGCUGCUGGAUGAUGCCCAUGACUUGGUGGUGACCCUACAUGACAAAAUACGAUAGGAUUUGAGCCUUCUCUCCAUCUUCUUCUUCUUCUUUUUUCUUUCUUUUUUUGUUGUAUUUUUUUCUUCAUUUAUGGGGUCACAACGAAGGAGCAUUCUCAUAGCAUGUUCUACUAACGAUGUGAUAAUUCUACUGUAAUUUGCCACCUUCAAUGCUUCAUGGUGGUACAAGAAAGGAAAAGAAAGAAAGGGGUAAGUAAUGGAAAAUGCCCUCUUUAUUUGGGUUUA